CCGGGGCUCGGCACGGCCGCUCCGCCGCGUCGGGCCGGGGAUGAUGCAGCAGCGGCGGCCGGGGGGCUCCGGGCCGGCUGCCCCCGGGGUCCCGCGGUGCUCGGGGCUCUUUCGGGGCGACAGCGGCUCCUGCGAACCCCCGAGUGGGACCUGCGAGCGACUCGUCCUGCCCAAAUCCGGCUGCGUGGGGGGAUAUUUGCGUUCAACUUCACUCCUGGCAGCUGUAGCAUCUGUUGGGAGAGAACUUGUAUUUUGGGGGCCUGCUGUGCCUGAGGAGCAGUGUAGCAGGGCAAAGGGGGAGUCCCAGAAGGUGUUUUUCUUUUAAAAGCUAAAUCUGUAGGUGUGCCGCUAGUGAUCCACUAAGAAAUCUGUGUUAAAACCUGGUCUACAUAAAGCCUGUUCUACAUAAAACACCUGGCUUUCCAAUACGUGAUGUGGUACAUUCAGCAAACAGUCAGAAGCGCCUGGUUUCUGGUUCUUGUUGGUAAGCCAGUCAGUAAAUAUUUAUUUCUUCAGUAUCUUGAGUGUAAAAUGUUGCUAAUAACAGCUUCAGACACUCCUUUAUCUUGGUAGGUUAUGCAAGAUGAGCAAGCAGACCUGCUAGUUGUUUUGUGGAUGAACAGUGCAAAGCUUUCUUUUAUUUGUACAAACAGUUACUCGUCAGAUUGUGAAUCUCCGUGCAUCGGGAAUUCCUGACAGCUGGCCCUAGCUCUGCCACAAGACCACACGCUCGUCCUAAGCAAAAAACAAGCCCGAAGAAAUGUGUUCCUGUAGAAGGCAGAGACAGGGGGUUUGGCAGCAAUUUAAGCAACUGAAAGUAGGUUGCAGUUACCGUGGGAUUGUUUUGACAUGUUCGUGUUCUGUUCUUCCACAGCGGUGUGUGAGAAAGACAGGCCAAAGGACUUGUUCUAAGCCAUGUGGGCUUUUCAUAUCUGCUUCAUUUCCAGCCAAUAGUAAUAAUUUGGAUCCUGGUCUGUGAGAACACCCCCCGGCAGGUGAGCGUUGGUGAAAAUGGGGGAUACAAGAGACAUCUGUCCUCACCUGGAUUCCAUCGGAGAGGUGACCAGGGAUGAUCUGCUGCUCAAAUCCAAGGGAACUUGCCAGUCUUGUGGAGCUGUGGGACCAAAUCUCUGGGCUUGUCUUCAGAUCGGUUGUCCGUAUGUUGGCUGUGGGGAGUCCUUUGCUGACCACAGCACACUGCAUGCACAGGCCAAAAAGCACAACCUGACGGUGAACCUGACGACGUUCCGCAUCUGGUGUUACGCUUGUGAGAAGGAGGUGUUCCUGGAGCAGCGGCUGGCAGCGCAGGCACCGCCGCUGAAGUUCGCCGAGCCGGAUUCUCCAUUGCCUGCUCACCCUUUGAAAGCUGUUCCAAUUGCCGUGGCUGAUGAAGGUGAAUCUGAAUCCGAGGAUGAUGAUUUGAAACCAAGAGGCCUUACUGGAAUGAAAAAUCUUGGGAACUCCUGCUACAUGAAUGCAGCACUUCAGGCUCUCUCUAACUGCCCACCUCUCACACAGUUUUUUCUGGAAUGUGGGGGACUGGUCCGUACAGAUAAGAAACCAGCACUGUGCAAAAGCUACCAGAAGUUGGUGUCUGAGGUUUGGCAUAAGAAACGCCCGAGUUACGUUGUUCCAAGCAGUCUAUCCCAUGGAAUCAAACUCGUCAACCCCAUGUUCCGCGGUUAUGCACAGCAGGACACUCAGGAGUUCCUGCGGUGCCUGAUGGAUCAGCUCCACGAAGAACUGAAGGAACCAGUUGUUGCAGAGACAAGAGAUUUGGAUACAAGUGACCAAGAUGACAAGCGGGAGGGUGACCGAAGUCCCUCGGAGGACGAGUUCCUCUCGUGUGACUCCAGCAGCGACAGGGGCGAAGGAGACGGGCAGAGCCGGACCACAGCGAGCACGGGCAGCGGCUCCCUGGCCGAGACAGAGCUGUUGAUCCACGAUGAAGCAGGGAGAGGGAUCUCCGAGAAGGAGAGGAUGAAGGACAGAAAGUUCUCCUGUGGCCAUCGGCGCAGCAACUCGGAGCAGGUGGAUGAGGACGCGGAUGUUGACACCACCAUGAUGCUGGUUGAUGGCAGAGCCUCCCCCGAGGUGCUCCCAGCUCCCCGGCCCGCCAGCCCUUGCAGGACACCAGAACCCGACAACGACGCCUACGUGCGCUGCUCCUCGCGCCCCUGCAGUCCGGUCCACCACGACAUGCACUCCAAGCUCUCCAGCAGCCCUCCGCGCUCCAGCCCCGCCAGGCUCGGCCCUUCCUACGUCCUCAAGAAAGCCCAGAUGCAGGCUUCUGGGAAAAAGAAGAAAGAACUUCGCUAUCGCAGUGUGAUUUCUGACAUCUUCGACGGCUCCAUUCUCAGCCUGGUGCAGUGCCUCACCUGCGACAGAGUUUCUACAACAGUGGAGACGUUCCAGGACCUGUCGCUCCCAAUCCCAGGGAAGGAGGACUUGGCCAAGCUGCACUCUGCCAUCUACCAAAACGUGCCAGCCAAGACAGGGGCAUGUGGGGACAACUACGCCUCGCAGGGCUGGAUUGCUUUCAUCAUGGAGUACAUCCGCAGAUUCGUGGUGUCCUGUAUCCCUAGCUGGUUUUGGGGUCCUGUUGUGACACUGGAGGAUUGCCUUGCUGCCUUUUUUGCAGCCGAUGAGUUGAAGGGGGACAACAUGUACAGCUGUGAACGAUGUAAAAAACUGCGGAAUGGAGUGAAGUACUGCAAAGUCCUCCGGCUGCCAGAGAUUCUUUGCAUCCACUUGAAGCGGUUCCGGCACGAGGUGAUGUAUUCCUUCAAGAUCAACAGCCACGUCUCCUUCCCCUUGGAAGGGCUGGAUCUGCGACCUUUCCUGGCCAAGGAGUGUGUCUCCCAGAUCACCACCUACGAUCUCCUGUCUGUCAUCUGUCACCACGGCACAGCAGGCAGUGGGCACUACAUCGCCUACUGCCAGAACGUCAUCAACGGUCAGUGGUAUGAGUUUGAUGACCAGUACGUCACUGAAGUCCACGAGACUGUGGUACAGAACGCAGAAGCCUACGUCUUGUUCUACAGGAAAAGCAGCGAAGAGGCCGUGCGGGAGCGUCAGAAAGUUGUGUCCCUUGCCAGCAUGAAGGAGCACAGCUUACUGCAGUUCUACAUCUCUCGAGAGUGGCUCAAUAAAUUCAACACCUUUGCCGAGCCUGGUCCCAUCACCAAUCACACCUUCCUGUGCGCCCACGGAGGGAUCCCUCCUAACAAGUACCACUACAUCGAUGACCUGGUUGUGAUUCUGCCCCAGAACGUGUGGGAAUAUCUGUACAACAGGUUUGGGGGCGGCCCUGCUGUGAACCAUCUGUACGUGUGCUCCAUUUGCCAAGUGGAGAUCGAAGCGCUGGCCAAACGCAGGAGAAUCGAAAUCGACACCUUCAUCAAGCUGAACAAGGCGUUCCAGGCAGAGGAGUCUCCAAGCGUCAUCUACUGUAUCAGCAUGCAGUGGUUCCGGGAGUGGGAAGCCUUUGUCAAGGGGAAGGACAACGAGCCUCCCGGACCAAUUGACAACAGCAAGAUUGCGCUCACAAAAGCAGGCGGCCACGUGCAAGUGAAGCAGGGUGCUGACUACGGGCAGAUUUCCGAGGAGACGUGGAUUUAUUUAAGCACGCUGUACGGAGGAGGCCCAGAGAUCGCCAUCAGGCAGAACGUGGCCCAGGUCCAAGAACUGGAAAACCUACACGGGGAGCAGAAGAUUGAAGCGGAGACGCGGGCUGUGUGAGCUGUGCGGGACGGGGCAGGGAAGGGAAUGGCACAGAGAUCCGAGUGGGGACGGAAGGCUGGGGAAGCCUAAGGACUCAAACCUCACCCGUUGUCUGGUACUCGCAGGUGGGUGCAGCUCCCGCCACCAGUUCUGGGGAAGGCGGGUUCCUCCACUCACCUUUCACGGGGCUUUGGAGACGGGGGUGAUGCUGAGUGACACUGGGAGAAAAGCAGCUUCUCCGUAAUUCACCUCGGGCUGAUGCUGUGGUGGGAACCUGCAGCCCAGCUUCACCAGGACACGGGCUGACCCGAGCCCUCUCCCUGGGGUUGGGUUACAAAGACCCAGCGCUCCCAGCUCGCCCCCAGCGAACCGAGUCUCUGCUCCUUCGCAGGUUUUGCUUUUGGCACUUUUAAACUCAUAUGUAUAAAAAUAAGGAAGCGUUUUUAUGUUUCCAGCGGGCAGUGUUGCAGCGUGAGGAACCUGUUAUUUGAAGCUGACUAAGCCACAAGGUCUCCCGGUAGUUUUGCGCUGGUGGGGCAUGUCACAACUUCCUAGUUUUGUUCUUUACCUAAUUCUUGCAAAUUCAGUUGCAAUCAACUAAGAAACUUUGAAAGAGGCCGUUUCUUUCUUCCCUGGUCCCUACCGCCACACCUUCACAGGCCUGCAGAUUUUAAUUUCUCCUUGUAUCUGAUUUCACGCGUUCAGCAUCUUUUCAGAGAACAAAGCUGGAAGAUGAAUCCUCCUUCCCACUAAAGCUUUGUAGCUCUGGGUGUUUGGCUCACAGGGGGUCAGAGCUGUUAAUGAGCAGGAUUCGUUAGAGCAGGACACAGGAGUCCUGGUUCAUAACCCAUUCUAAGGGUGUGCGAAGGCCAAGGAGGAGCCCAGUUCUUCACCCAGAGCCUGUUUGGGGGUCACCCCGGGCAGGGGGUUAAUUCUGGGGCUGAGCCGGCCCCAGGCUCUAGAAGCAGCUUUUUAGGAAUGAGCUGCUUUCUGCAAGCAGGAACCCCCCAUGUGCUGAGGCCAUUCCAGCUUCUCAACACAGAUGUCAUUUGUAUACGCAGUGGCUCAUUUAAUGAAGAGAAGUAACUUGCUCCCUAAUCUACUGCUGCUAAUUCAGCCAAGGAGCAGCUAAGAGAGGAAUAAAGACAAAAAAGGUUAAAGCACCGCUUUUCACAUCAGGGCUUUGUUCAUCUCGUAAGCCAGAAAGAAAUAGUAAAAUCUUUGUGUUUCCCUGCAGUUCAUUGGGAGCAGAGCAAGGCAGAGGUGGCCUCUCAUGGGCUGGGGAACCAAACUGGGGGUUCAUGGUGCUGGAACCUGAGUGGUUCCACAGCAUCAAGUCUGGCCUUGGUACCAGGGACCUUCUGAGCACCCCAUGCAGAAGAGAGGGAGGAGCAGCUGCUCUUUCACUUGGAAAGUAAGAAAGGGUGUCAAAAAGAAAAAUGUGGCCUUCAGACCUUGUUUUUUUCUGUUUAGACCAAAUGUUUGCUGCAAACAGCAAUUUCUUCUUUAGAAAAGUAUCUGUAAAUGGAUCAGCAUGUUAAUUCUACUAUCCUGUUUAUUGGAUGCUUGUAAAUACCCAGCCAGGCCUGAGGGGAGGUCAGAGAAUGAGCCACUGUUGGGAUUUCUCAUUGUCUUCAGCUUUGUCAGCCGCUGCGAGCCCGUAGGCUGCAUGUCUGUGUCGUCUGUGCCGUUCCGAGGAUGCUGUACAGAUUGUUUAAGAACACUCCUGUGCUUCAGUGUCAUACUUAGUGCUGAAAAUGUGUUACAAUAAAUACACGUGCAUUCAA